UUGCCGGGGCUGGGUGGAGGAGCGCGGAUAGCUCCGCGUCCUCAUCAACGGGCUGGGCGGCUAGGCGUCCGAGGAGGAGCAGUCCCGGGCCCGCCGCGGCGUAGGGUCCAGCCAUGGCUCCCCGGGUCGCGGCAGCCGGCGGGGGUCCGGGCCCCCUCGGGACGCGCUGAGCUCCUGAGCCGCAGGUGCACCUGGGCGGGUGCCGUCCAGGCUCCCGCGGAGAGCGCGCGGGGCACCAUGCGCCCCAGCCUGCGGCCGCUGGUGCUACUGCUCGUCUGCGCCGCGCUUUCUGUUGGAGCCCUCCCCCGACUGUGUGAUGUGCUGAGGGUGCUGCGAGAGGAACAGGACCAAUGCCUGCAGCAACUCCCCAAAGAGAGGACAGGAGACCUUGGUACAGAGCAUCCAGCCCCAGGCUGUCUGGGGCUGUGGGACAACGUGAGCUGCUGGCCCUCCUCUGCUCUGGGACAGACUGUGGAAACGGAGUGCCCCCGAUUCCUCCGGAUGCUCACAGGCAGGAAAGGUAACAUGUUUCGAAACUGCACACAGCAUGGCUGGUCGGAAACCUUCCCCAGGCCUGACGUGGCCUGUGGGGUCAACGUGAAUGACUCGUCCAAUGAGAAGCAGCACGAGUACCUGCUGAAGCUGAAGGUCAUGUACACUGUGGGCUAUAGCUCCUCCCUGGUGAUGCUCCUGGUUGCUCUCAGCAUCCUCUGUGCUUUCCGGAGGCUCCACUGCACCCGCAACUACAUCCACAUGCACCUGUUCGUGUCCUUCAUCCUGCGAGCUUUGUCCAACUUCAUCAAGGAUGCGGUCCUCUUCUCCUCAGAUGAGGCAGCCUACUGUGAUGUCCACAGGGCAAGCUGUAAGCUGGUCAUGGUCUUCUUCCAGUACUGCAUCAUGGCCAACUACACCUGGCUGCUGGUGGAAGGCCUCUAUCUUCACACGCUGCUCGUCAUCUCCUUCUUCUCAGAGAGGAAGUACCUCUGGGGGUUUGUCUGCCUCGGCUGGGGUUCCCCAGCCAUUUUUGUUGUUUCGUGGGCUCUCACCAGGUACUUUCUGGAAGAUGUUGGGUGCUGGGACAUCAAUGCCAACGUGUCUGUCUGGUGGGUCAUCCGAGGGCCUGUGAUCCUCUCCAUCCUCGUUAAUUUCAUCCUUUUUAUAAACAUUCUGAGAAUCCUGAUGAGAAAACUUAGAACCCGAGAAACAAGAGGAAAUGAAGUGGACCAUUAUAAGCGCCUGGCCAAGUCCACUCUCCUGCUGAUUCCCCUCUUUGGGAUACACUACAUCAUCUUUGCCUUCUCCUCAGAGGAUGCCAUGGAGAUCCAGCUGUUUUUUGAAUUGGCCCUUGGCUCAUUUCAGGGCCUGGUGGUGGCCGUCCUCUACUGCUUCCUCAAUGGGGAGGUGCAGCUGGAGGUUCAGAAGAAGUGGAGGCAGUGGCACCUCCAUGGGCUCCCCCUGUGCCCUGUGGUCCUUGGCUCUUCCUCCAGCAAUGGCAUCAGCGGCCUCACCCACAGUACCAAGGCCAGCCCCUCAGAGCAGAGCCGGGGCUCCUGCAGGACCAGUGUCAUCUGAGAGGAUGGAGGCCGGGACAGGUCCGGGGAGGGCUAACGCUGAUGGAUGGUCUGUCUGCCCACAGACUUCUUCCUGUGGCUGAGGCCCUCUUCCAGGCCUUGGCUUUGGGGGUGAGGUGGAGAUAAUUCCUCAGAACAAGGAUCUUGGGGCACCACAGGGCGGGAAGAGGGCCUGGGACUUGGGUCUGUUGUGUUCUGGGAAGGGCAGUUUGGGGGCCCAGACGGGGCAGGGAAAUAUAU